AUGGCCGCUACAAUAUUUCUGGGCCAGGUUUUGAAAGGCCGAAGAGGGCUUUAUACUGUCACAAAACAACUGCAGGACUGUGUCUGGCUUGCUAUAAACGAACAUCAGGAGAAAGUUGUGGCGAAGAGCGUUAGACACUUUCGAUUACAGAACGAACGAGAUAUUUUACUUCGUUUUCAGAACCGGACUCCCUGUAUUCGCCCACUGGUCGAAGAAAUCGAAGAUUCAACUACUCCUCCUACGCUCAUACUCAGAUACCUGGACGAUGAUGCUCUUCGCGCCUCGAGCAAGCAGCGACUUACUCGUCCAGAGGUAAAGUAUGUUGCAAAAAAGGUGUUAGAAGCACUUUCAGUUCUGCAUGAUGAUGGUUUUGUACACACUGGGACGGAUGUAGAUAUCAAGCCCAGUAACGUGCUAGUGAACUAUGGUCACAGCAAUGUCCGUUUCACAGAUGUCCAAUUAGCAGAUUUUGGAAGCACAGUGCACAUGGGCUCUCUUCACGCACAACACGGUGACCCCAUCGGCACACCUAUCUUCAGAAGCCCGGAAGCACACCUUCAAAUGCAAUGGGGUACUGCAACAGACAUUUGCCUUCUCUACGGGGAUGGAUUCCACAUCUUCAAGCCGGAUGUUCCUGCAGACCAUGAUGAGUACGAUGUCAAGAUUCUCAUGAAGCAUCAUAGAUGCUUCGGGCCAUUCCCAGAAUCGUACGAAGAGAUUGCGGACCAGCAACGACUGGCAGUCCUCGUUUGGGUCAUGCAGAACAGCCCUCGUGAGACACUGCGACCAUUUCAUCUCACCACUAGUCAAGAGAUUUGCAAGGAAGAUAAGGAAUUUGUACUAAGAGCAAUGAAGCUUGAUCCUCGCGAUAGGCCGUCAGCACGGCAGCUCUUGGACGAUGGGUGGCUUCAUCAGUUUUAA